AUGAUAUUGCUGAUAACGAGGUACCUCAACGCCCAGAAUACAUUCAACGAGCUUCUGGACAUGGGUGUCAUCCCCAUCGUGAAUGAGAACGACACCCUAGCAGUCUCCGAGAUCAAGUUCGGAGACAAUGACACAUUAUCUGCCAUCACGGCAGCUAUGAUUCAUGCAGAUUUACUUUUUCUCAUGACGGACGUUGACUGCCUAUAUGACAAGAACCCGCGGACCAACCCUGAUGCCCAACCGAUCGAAGUCGUGGAGGAUAUAGGGGCUCUCACAGCUGACGUGUCUUCAGCCGGUUCUGCAUUAGGGACUGGUGGCAUGAUGACCAAGAUUGUUGCCGCCAGGCUCGCAACGUCCGCAGGGGUGACCACAGUCAUCACACGAUCCUCCAAUCCUGGUAAUAUAGGCAGGAUUGUGCAGUACAUACAAGCCAGCAGAUCACCAGCGUCCCUACAAACGCAUAUCAACGUUGAAGACACUGCGGAUGACCCUCUGGCACAGUCAAUCAGCUCUUUGAACAUGGACAUCGCACAGAAGCCACCCCUUCACACCCGUUUCCUCCCCUCACCAACACCUAUCAGAGACAGAACCUUCUGGAUCCUGCACGGCUUAAAGCCACACGGCACUGUCUACAUCGACGCAGGCGCACACAAGGCCCUCCUCGACAAGGCUGGCCUACUCCCUGUCGGCGUGGUGGACGUCGAGGGGACAUUUGCCCAGCAAGAGUCGGUACGAUUAGUUGUUGUCAAAAGAUCACCUGUGCCAUCAGCCGAUGGCAGACAUUGGGUCGGUCCUGCAGAAGAUGUUGGACGAGCACUGGCAAAUUACUCCUCGGCCGAGAUAGCCAGGAUAAAGGGCCGCCAGAGCAAGGAGAUUGAGGCGCUAUUGGGUUAUGCCGACAGUGAGUACGUGGCGGAGCGGGAACACAUCAGCUUCUUUAGGAGGGAGAGCCGACCCCAGACCCCAAUCCCUGAGAUUGAAGGGCUCAUCCACGGCAUCACGGAGUAUGAAAGUCACGCAUAG